GCAAUGAAGGCAUUGUGCAAAGUUUGGAAAUAGUUUUCUAUGUAAUAUUUUAAACAGCUGGAAACUUAAUAAGGAGAUAUUAUUCAAAAUAUUUUUUAGACGGAAUAUUUCAUCGGAAAAUAAUGUUUGCUAUUAUCAGGAAAUUGGAUAUUAAUCAUUGAGAAAUUUUUUUCUUAUCGGACUAAACUUAAACAAAUAUUAUUGGAUACCGUGCACUUAUACUUAAUGCUACCUGCAGACAGACAAACACGGAAACAACAAUGUCAAAAAGAACAAUUGCAUUGUUUGUCAAAAGACGAGUAAACAUUAUUUUAAUAUAAAAUCACAUAAACAUAAAUCGUUUAAGUACGGUAGAUUGAUAAUCGGACAAAACACUCUUAAAAAUCCCAGCAAGAAAUUUCGUUUAGAUUGUUAUUGGACAAACCACAGAACAUCGGUAAGCUUGUCAUUGGACAAACUUCAAAAUGAUGAUUUAUCAAAAUUUCAUCUUGAACUGAAAAAGGAACGUGAUAAUCAAAUAAAUUAAUUUUGGAAAAUGUUGAGGAGAUAACACUUUAACUUUAAUGGUGAAACAAAAAGAAUAAUUCAUCAUGGAAAGUCAAACAUGUACGAUCACUUCUUGCGUAACAACACCACUAAUCGCCUGCAGGCAGAUUUGCGGUCAACUAUGAAAGCGUAUGAUAGUGACAAGGAACGGCUGAGCCAUCAACUUGCAAACUUACAAAACGCAGAACGUAGUCAUACCAAUAUGUCAGUGGCCUCAUCAAUGGACCUUUCAUCAAACACCAGUGUAACACUUACACCACGGAAAUUUUAUCGUGCACCAAAUUUAGCUGCGGGAAGCAUCAGCAGUGGCGGAACGGGAAGUUAUAAAUCUGGAACAACAGAACGGAAAUGGAAAGACAGAAAAGAACAUGCCGACAAGAUGAAGAAAGAAAAAGACCUGUUAAAAUUACCUGUGAUACAUUCGGCUAGUUCAAAACGUUCAGAGUGGUAUUCUGGGAAAUUUUUGCAAUCGUCACCUCAGAAAGAAAGACCUUUAUAUGCGCUAGAACCUUUGCCUGGCAUAAAUGCAGCAAAAGCCUUAUUAGCCGACAGUAUGAAAAUUCCGAGUAUUUAUGACCCAAGCAGAACGGAUACAGCCAUCGACACCACAAAGACCAAAAAGGGUGUGAAAAAAGUUACAUUUGCUGAUGAAAAGCAUGGCACUCUUCUUUCAAUCAGUCAAAUAGAAGCAAAGGAAUCAGAAUCAAAAUGCGAGCCAAAAAACUUCGAAGGAAAAGGUCCAGUUCCAAGACUGAACCUGAAAACCAACCAAUUUUCUCAUAUGUCCAGACCCCUGCGUCCAAGAAAAACUUCUCUAUUACCCCCGUUACAAAUCUCGCCCAGCGAGAUACGACAAAAUCCUCAUAAGGUCACUGCAGGGGUCAAUCACUGGAAAAAUUUAUACAGCAAUAUUGUCGACCCUGAACAAAAGACGAAAGCACUUGCAGACAUUUUCAGUGCUCUACGUCUGAAGAAAUAUGAAAAUGAGCAGGCUAUGAAGUACGGUAAUUCACCUCGACCUAUGGAGAAGGAUGAAUUAGUGAAAGAAUUCUUGUCUAUGAAUGUAUCUGAAAGAAUUGCCUACAGGGACGAAAAUGGUCAUACAAGAAAAGGCCUUGUUCCAACACCAAGAAGCUCCUCUGUAUCAAGACUUUCUAAUGGGCAUCCUAACACGCUCCAGUUACAGAAAUAUCUACAACAAAUGUCAAGGUCACGUAAAUUCAUGGAACAAUUGCAUGAUCAACAAUGUUCACGUGCCUCUCAACACACUCUUCAACAAAUAGCCACACCAAUCUCCGUCAAGGGUUGACAAAAAAGUGAAGCACAAUCAUAAAAUCUGUUUUUAAGAAAACAUAAUGUGACAUGUGCAUCAAGAAAAUACUGCGAAACCUAUGCUAUUCAUGGAGAACUAUUUUUCUUGUAUUUUGUGGUUGUGUCAAGCAUUUUGGUUGUAUCAAUCACACAAACCGAACAUCAAAAAAAAAAAAAAAAAGAAGUUUCCAAUAAUUUUAUCUUUAAAAUUUGAAUUCCACAAUGUCAUGUUCCUAUGAAAAAGACAUCAUGAAAUUUUACGCCAUAAGGAAACUGAAUGAUUUCAUAGUACAUAAAAAGAAAUCAUACUUCACAACUUGAAGUGACUACUAUAUUUUUAAGUUAAUUAUGCAAAUGAGACAUGUAAAGGAACUAGAGAAAAUGAAUAGCACAAACUGGCAGCAAACCAUGUGCUAAAAUGCCGUUCACUUUCUGUCUUUUCGGAUUUCGUAAUUAAUGUUAUGAUGUGUAGCGUGUCAGCUUUUUUUUGCUUUGACCUCUUCAUUCAUUAGGUCAUGUUUUGCUACAUAUGUCCCUAUUUUUGUUAAGGAUGGUGGGUCUAGGGGUGGAUGGGGAUGGUAUGGUUAGGGGUGGAGAGGGAAUGUAUUGUUGGGGGUGGAGGGGAGGUAGGGUAGGUGGUGAAUGAAGUCAGGUUUUAUAGAAGGAGGGGAAAGGAAGGGUUGGGGAUUGGAGGGGGAAGGGGAGGGAAUUAAGAUUUAGUGAUUUUACAUAACCAUCCUUCAGCUGGCUGAUGACUGGGAAUACAUAAUAUCAUAUCUUAUCUUAAUGCCAGACAGGCAUGUCAUGACAUUGAAAAGACAAGAAUGUGUGAACGAGCAACUGGUUCUGGAGAGGAGAUAUUUUCUUCAGAGCAGAUUUAAAGAUGUUCUUCAGAACAGAUCAAUAACACAUACAAUCAGUAUUGUAGCUUCUAAGUCUUUCUAUUCAUAGUGCUUCACAAUUUCAUAUGUAAAAUAUGUCAAUAAAUAUUCCUGUUCA